UAGGAGACCUAGUCCUAAUGUACAAAAGUAAUAUUCAUGAUAAAAAGAAACUUGAAGAUCGCUGGAAGGGACCGUAUUACAUUCAUGAUGAUCUUGGUAACGGUGUGUACAAAUUAAGGACCAUGGACAGAAAGAUCCUCAAAACACCAAUAAAUAGUGCAAGGUUAAAACA